UCCAGCGUGCUAGAGUGAUAAUCUAUAUCCCAAACGAAAGGCCUAAACUUCCGAUUUCCAAAAAGCAUAAAUUUUCGGAAAUCCGCCCAGUAGUUUUGAAGAUACAGACAUAAACAGAUAGUAAACAAACCCACUAGGGCAGCGCCAUCUUGGUCGGGCGACUUUCUCCCGGAAGGAGGGCGACACUACCGCCGCCAACAGGGAAAACAACCCUAGACCACAUACCCCUCCAUUCGUUGAAGAAGCUUGCCUUCAACUGUGGAGGAAGGCACCAAAACCCUGCCUUACUGAAGCUAAAUCCGGAGGAAUACAAGAACUACUAUAACUUUGGACAUAAUUAUCCAAUCAACACGCGGAAAAAAGUAGAAGACAGCUUAUACAAAGGAGAAGAGGAACAAAACAGAAAGUAACAGCAGAAAAGUAAAAACGCCGAAAAGUGACCGGAAAUCACCGAAAAUUCGGUUUUAAAGUCACCAAACCAUCAAAACAAGUACAGACUACCUAGGACAAGCCUUAACUGGCUAGACUCAUGCUGGAGUUACCAUCUCCUAGAAUCAAAGCAUAGAAUCGAACCAGGAAACAGUUAAAAAUGCCCAAGAUCAAAGAGGGAAGGAGACAGGAGUCCGAGGAAGCAGGAAAAGAAGGCACGGAGGUCGAUGGAGACUCCAGCUCAGAGGAAUCUUGAGACGACCCGAUCACGACCACGCAACAACCAAAGACGAGAAGCAAGAAGAAGAAAAAACACAAGAAACAAAGAGCUGAAUCAAAGGAGGACAAGGAAGACCCCUUCCCCCUCUUACCCGAGACCAUACAGAGGAAAUAGAUCAAAUAACUGCAAACACGCAAGAGGAAAACACUAAUUCUACAAUCGACAACCGACCAGAUAUACCUCCGUGACAACUACAUCGACGCGGAACAUGAAUUGCCAAGGGAAAAAAGACCAGCUAUGAGAGCAGUAUUUCACAAGUAUGAGGCUCUCAUACGCUCCCUGAACCUCCAGCGGGCAACCGAAAAGGCCCGACGUAAAGAAGUGGAAAGAGCAGCCCAGGCACUCAGCCAGACUCUACAAAACCUGGAGUCCCAGGGCAGCAAUGCACCAGUCUCAUACGCUGAAACCACAAAAGGAAACAAUGACAGCCAAAAGACUAAAACCUUCAAAAUUGCUUCAGCUACAAUCAAGCCUAAACAAGGGAAAAGCUUGAAAAACCUAUCGAGCACACUCAAAAAAGAACUCACUGAGGCAGAAGUCCAGUUAACUGACGCUACGAUCAGACCAACAAAGGCAGGACUACUCAUUGUGGAAAGUCGCAAGAAGGAAGACAUAAAUAAAAUAGAAAGGAUCUUCAAUGAGAGCGACAACUUGAGGGAAUGCGGCAAUUUUAAAGUCAACACACCUCCACGACCAGAAGUUAAAGUCAAAUUCAUCGAAGAAGGUAUGGAGAAAAAGGAUAUAAAGAACGAACUAAUCUACGGUAAUGAUCUCCAGGAACACUUGGACCAGAUCGACGUUAAAUAUGUUAGAUCUGAAAGAGAUGGUACGCAAACAGCAUUCAUCUCACUACCGAAAGAAGCCUACUACACACUAACAAAGCAAGGAACCAUAAAAAUUGGAUGGUCCAGAUGCAUCGUGGAGGAGCACUACAACGUAAAACGGUGCACCAAAUGUUUAACCUACGGACACGUGGCAAAAUUCUGCAAAGGUACGCAAAUAUUCUGCCCCUUUUGUGGUAAUAACCACAAGGAAGAAGAUUGCAAAGCAGAAGAACCCAGGUGUAGGGCUUGUCUACAAAGCAAUAUGAACAGCCGCACCCCAGUAGACUUGGACCAUAAAUAUUACGACAGAAAUUGCCCAACUUACAUCGCCCAAGUACAACGCAUUCAAGAACAAUGGUUUCUUCAACAUCCAAAUCAUCUAAGGCUCAAGCAACUCCAAGCCAACAACCCCACUCCAAUUUCAAGACACUUACUACAAGAGUCACAUCAAGACAAAGCACAACAGAUGAAGCCACCUUUCUUAAGGCUAGAGGAAGUUGUAAUAGCUAUUCAAAACACAAUGUAUCAUACCCUAAUACUUUUUUCAAAAUAAAUGCUGAUCGCCAAGCCUC